UACUGCUGCUGGUAGAGCUGCUGGGAGUGAGCAUCCCCAGUUCGGGAUACCCAGCUCUGGCGGCAUCUCCCACGAGUCCUGGUCCCACACGGACCUGCCAACCCUAGGUAACAAAAGCGGAGCCCAUUCAUCUUCUCCUGCAGCCGGAGGAUGAGUCGAGAGAGCUGAGCAGAGAGUGUGGUCCUUGGUGGCUGGAAGCUACAUCCUUGGCUUCUCUCAAUGACGAUUCCUGACUCGUGGCCCUGUCCAUCUUGGGAAGACAUCAUCCAGUUUCCUCAAUCCAGACCUCGGGGCCUGCCUUUCCCUAGCAUCACCCCCACCCAGCCUGGACACAUUGACCAAACCACUUUCUAGGACACAUCAUUCUGCAAGAUAUGGUGGUAAAUCUUGGCCCCAAGUCUUCAUGAUUGACGGGCUCUUUUGCACAACUCAGAGCACUUGGAAGGAGUGAAUGAAAUGUGCAGCUCCGGGAGUCAUUUCUGAAGGGAGGAGUCGUUCUCUUGGAGAGGAGUCCUCCAUGAGCCUGGCCGAGGCCCUGGAUCUGUGUGCAGUGGACUAAGGAUUUAGUAGGAUGUCAACUGAGACAGAACUUCAAGUAGCUGUGAAAACCAGCGCCAAGAAAGACUCCAGAAAGAAAGGUCAGGAUCGCAGCGAAGCCACUUUGAUAAAGAGGUUUAAAGGUGAAGGGGUCCGGUACAAGGCCAAACUGAUCGGGAUUGAUGAGGUGUCCGCAGCCCGGGGAGACAAGUUAUGUCAAGACUCCAUGAUGAAGCUCAAGGGUGUUGUUGCUGGCGCUCGUUCCAAAGGAGAACACAAACAGAAAAUCUUUUUAACCAUCUCCUUUGGAGGAAUCAAAAUCUUUGAUGAGAAGACAGGGGCCCUUCAGCAUCAUCAUGCUGUUCACGAAAUUUCCUACAUUGCCAAGGACAUCACAGAUCACCGGGCCUUUGGAUACGUUUGUGGAAAGGAAGGGAAUCACAGAUUUGUGGCCAUAAAAACAGCCCAGGCGGCUGAACCUGUUAUUCUGGACUUGAGAGAUCUCUUUCAACUUAUUUAUGAAUUGAAGCAAAGAGAAGAAUUGGAAAAAAAGGCACAAAAGGAUAAGCAGUGUGAACAAGCUGUGUAUCAGACAAUUCUGGAAGAGGAUGUUGAAGAUCCUGUGUACCAGUACAUUGUGUUUGAGGCUGGACACGAGCCAAUCCGUGAUCCCGAAACAGAAGAAAACAUUUAUCAGGUUCCCACCAGCCAAAAGAAGGAAGGUGUUUAUGAUGUGCCAAAAAGUCAACCUGUAAGUAACGGCCAGCCGAUUGAGGACUUUGAAGAACGGUUUGCCGCGGCCACCCCGGUAAGAACAAGAGGGCCCUGUCUGGUGAACCAUCUCUUGUCAUUGUUCAUCAUUCAUUUCAUGCUCAUAAGUCUUGCCUUGUGGUUACAGAACAGAAACCUGCCGGUGGACUUUGAUGAGAUUUUGGAGGCAAUGAAGGCUGUGACCCAAUUAGAACUUUUUGGGGACAUGUCCACCCCUCCUGAUAUAACCUCUCCCCCCACUCCUGCAACUCCAGGUGAUGCCUUUAUCCCGUCUUCAUCUCAGACACUUCCGGCGAGUGCAGACAUGUUUGGUUCUGUACCUUUCGGCACUGCUGCUGUACCCUCAGGUUACGUUGCAAUGGGCGCCGUCCUCCCAUCCUUCUGGGGCCAGCAGCCCCUCGUCCAACAGCAGAUUGCCAUGGGUGCUCAGCCACCAGUCGCUCAGGUGAUGCCAGGGGCUCAGCCCAUCGCAUGGGGCCAGCCGGGUCUCUUCCCUGCCACUCAGCAGCCCUGGUCAACUGUGGCCGGGCAGUUUCCGCCCGCCGCCUUCAUGCCCACACAAACUGUUAUGCCUUUGCCAGCCGCCAUGUUCCAAGGUCCCCUCACCCCCCUUGCAACAGUCCCAGCCACGGGUGACUCCACCAGGUCAAGUCCACAGACCGACAAGCCCAGGCAGAAAAUGGGGAAAGAAAUGUUUAAGGAUUUCCAGAUGGCCCAGCCUCCACCAGUGCCCUCCCGCAAAUCCGACCAACCCUCCCUCACCUGUACCUCAGAGGCCUUCUCCAGUUACUUCAACAAAGUCGGGGUGGCACAGGAUACAGAUGACUGUGAUGACUUUGACAUCUCCCAGUUGAAUUUGACCCCUGUGACUUCUACCACGCCAUCAACCAACUCACCUCCAACCCCGGCGCCUCGACAGAGCUCUCCGUCCAAAUCAUCUGCAUCCCACGCCAGUGACCCCACCACAGAUGACAUCUUCGAAGAAGGCUUCGAAAGCCCCAGCAAGAGCGAAGAGCAAGAAGCUCCUGAUGGAUCACAGGCCUCAUCCAACAGUGAUCCAUUUGGGGAGCCCAGUGGGGAGCCCAGUGCUGAUAAUAUAAGUCCACAGGCCGGUAGCUAGAUAGCACAGGUCUGGGAGCUGGAGCCUCUCUAUGCGCAGAUCAACAGACCUAAGAAAUAGCAUCAAUGUGGGCUCGUGGCGGGUGCUCCAAGACUGGCAUGGAAAUCAGCAUCGCGGCAGGCUCUCUUGUAUUCUUUCACCUCACUUCAUCCCAUGAAGAAAUUCACGAUUGCCCAGUGGAACUCGGUUGGAAGAGGGAACUAAGAAUUUUUGGCAACCCACAGCAGAUAUCUAUGGCAGCACAAAACAAAAACACACACAUGAAAGUAAAACAAAAUCACACCCCAUGUUAAAUCACAAAUCAAGCAAAUGCUUACCUGACAAAUAUUCUGAGGUCACUUAGUGUGGCUUGAAGAUGACCCAGAAUGCAAAAUGGUAAUUCUCUUUUUAUUUCUCUACCUGUUGCCCACUGUAGAGAUGUCAAAUUUGGAGUGACAGGCCUCAGAGAGGUGCAUCAAGGUUGAGACUGACAUUUUUAGGCAAAGCAAGAUGCCCUCUGUGACCACCAUCUCCUUAUCCAUAGGCCUUCUGACAUACGAUGGUGUUUUCUCAUCGCUCCACAGGGCCUGGUCGGCCACUUGUUCCCAUUCCUUCCCUUGUCGUGUUUGAAAAUUCAUGGGUGUACAAAUUUUUGUAUUGCUUUUGACUUUUUUAAGAUAUUGAUGAAGAAAUCUAACUGGAAAAAAGUCUCAUAUAUAAUGAAUUAAUAGGAAAUCACAAGACAAAUAAGUGGUUGAUUAUUCUUUAUGAUCAAGAAUGUUGCCAAAACAACCCUUUAGCUAUUUCUGCAUCCUGGUGAAGAAAGGCAGCUUUCAGUUUGAACCUUCAUUUUGUGAGUAGGAGAGGACAUCAAAACCCCUGAUGAAAAAGAUGAAAAAAUACAUCUGACUUCCUAAGAAGCUCUAAAUUCUAAGUACAAUAAAAUGAUAUUUUUUAUUUUUCCGA